AUGAGUCUUGCGAUAUCUAAUUUUGUUGAGAAGGGACAAGCUAGCAAUAUACAAAACUUCCUAGAUCAAAAGGGCUCAUCUUUGAAAUAUUUGGUUGAAUCAAUUUUCAGCCUAGCUGAGAAAACAAGCGAACAAAAAGAAAAGAAACAAUUAAUUGCAAAGUCACUAGCUAAGAUUUCUUUGCUUGAUGCAUUCAAGCAAUAGCUAUCUUAAGACUUGUUAGAGUUAUUGGAGCUAGAGAAUUUCUAGAAAAUUUAGGACUUCGAGGUUCAGGAUUCCUUAAUGGCUGUAACUAGAAAUUUGUACUUGGAUAAAAACAAUAUUGAAGGAACUUUAUAAAAUCUGACACUAAUAUUCACUGCAAUGUGCUUCAUGCUGCAUCAUGAGGAAACUAGACUCUCUUAGUAGGCAUUAAAGAUAAUUAUCUAGCUUAUUAAAAUGAUUCAUGAAACCAAUAAAGAAAUGUUCUUGUCCUACAAAGAUUAAUUGCAAGAAUUAUUGAUUAAAGGUAUAAUGAGUGAAAAUACUGUGGUUAUGGUUAGAUAUUUUGAACUAGCUUGCAAUUUAGCAUAAAUCUCACCUGAGUUAAGUUAACUUACUGAGCCUGUUAUUGAGUAAGUCUUCGAGUAAUUUUUUAACUUAGAUAUGCUAACUUAAAUGGCUGUCAUGGAUUUCGUUGCAAUACUUGGUUAAAAUCAAUAAACAUCAAUGAUUCUAGCCAAGAAGUAGUUCUUACCCAAAUUAUUUGAAAAGUUUCGGUAUGGAGAAGACCAUUACGGUUUUAUUACAAACAAUUUAGUUGUCUUGGGGGCAUUUAUAUACUCAGUAAAUGCUAAAAUAUAUAACCCACUCUAAAGUGAAGAUUAUCUAGCAUAUUUCAGAAACAUGAUUAGUUCUAAGUCUCCCAAAGAUUAAGAAACUGCUUCUACUUGCAUGUUCUUUUUCUUCAAAAACAGAGAAUGCUUAUUUGAAUACUUUGUUCACAACUUAGACAUUCUUAAAACCUGGCUGGGAACAUUUAGAAGCACUGAUCCUGAAUUAAGAAAGGCAUCGUUUUAAGCUUUAAGACAGCUUUUAAAAGCAAAGGAUGAAGAGACUAAAGAAAAGUAUAAUGAAAUUAUUAGAAGAAUUUAUGGAAAUAUUACUCACCCAAGCAACUUCCCAGAAAUGGGUAAUGAGAAUCAAUCUACUGAGUAUCUUAUAAGAGAGGCAGAUGUUCCAUUUGAAGCUCAAGAAUUAUUGCUUAUUAAAGUCAUGAAGCAAUUAAUUAAUUGGGAGUGGGGAAUGAGAUCGCUUUAUGCCAAUUCAAAGGCUGUCUCAUAUAUUUUAAAAAGAACUCCAAAGGCCAAAUUAUUAGUUGAAAAAUAAUUUUCUUUGGUUUAGAAAACCAUUUAAAGCAAGUUUUUCAUGAAAUAAAUGAACGUAGUAGAUCCUAUCAUUGGUGAGUAGCUAGAAGUCUAUUACAGCUAAGGAGUAUAUGGAAUCCAAGGCGGUGGAGGUCCUAAUUUUGUUCCAGAGUACGCCUCUAAGAGUUUUUGA